GAAGGAGCAACUCGUAUGCAACUCGCUCUCAAUUUUGAUUUGGUUAUUCUUCUCCGCUCAGUCUCGUUUCGUUGGCUGUUUUUCGUUCGUUCAUUUCGCAACCAAAAUUCCAAUUCGGAAACCGUUUUUGUCUUUCUUUCUCUUCCUUGGGGUUUCGUUUUAUUUCGUGACAAGAACAUGGACAACCAUUUGAAGGUGUUUUAUAAUUGAUUUAUAUCAAUUCCGGUUGAAACUUGGGUUGUUCUCCCAUCUCUGAAAGUGGUGUAGUGCGAUUCUCUUUUCUUUCUUUUAAUAAAAAGAAAAAAAGGAAAUACACGGAAGAAAAUAACACCGAUGCGGCUGACUAGGAAAACGGCGUCGGGCUGGCUCAUUCGGCUGGCCCUGACGGCCGCCCUUCUUCACUGGGAAUACGCCGCCGCUAAUGUGGGUAAACCUCCGCGGAUCACUGAGCAUCCGUCGGACGUGACGGUUCCCCGUCACGAUCCGGUGACGUUGCAAUGCUCGGCCGACGGCUACCCGACCCCCGUGAUUGAGUGGUACCGCGACGGCGAGUUCAUCAUCAGUUCCAGCAGUUCCAGCAGCGGGGCCGUCAGCGCCACCAGCAGUUCCAGCAGUUCGUCCAUGUCGUCGUCAUUGACGGGAGCCUCGCGAAUUCUCCUGCCGGGCGGUGCCCUCUUCUUCCUCCGCGUCGUCCACAGCCGCAAGGAAAACGAUUCCGGCGUCUACUGGUGCCUGGCCCGCAACUCGCAGGGAGUCGCCCGCUCACGCAACGCCACCCUCACCAUCGCCCAUUUACAAACCGAGUUCAGGACGACGCCGCAACCGGUGCAGGGGAUCGUCGGUGAUUCAGUCAUCCUGGAAUGUGAGCCACCUCGCGGACAUCCAGAGCCGCAGAUUCGCUGGAAGAAAAAUGGCCAAUCGCUGGAGCUGGAUCUCGACCUCGGCGUCGAUUCCGAGCGGAUCCGAGUGGAGGCGAGCGGCAACUUGGUCAUCACCAAAUUGGCGGCCAGCGACCAGGGACGAUACGUUUGUGUGGCCCAGAACACGGUCGGCAUCCGCGAGACCUCGCCCGUCUUGUUGACAGUCAACGUUCGACCGGGAGUCAUUCGCCCGCCACAAGACGUGACAGCUCUAGUGGGAAGUGACGUCAAUUUCGAGUGCGGAGUGACAGGCGAUCCGGCUCCCGUGGUCACUUGGCGGCGCGUUGACGGAUCACCCAUGCCACCCAACGGACGGACCAGGCCGGUCGACCACAACAAGUCUGGGCUACUUUCCAUUCUGCGAAUCGAGAGAAUCAGCGCCUCGGACAGUGGCCGCUACCUGUGCAACGUUGAAAACUCCCUGGGCUCCAGUUCCGCCUGGGCACAGCUGACGGUCUUGGUGCCACCCACCUGGGAUUUCGGUGCCACCACCAGCAGCGGUAGUAACCAACCCAACAGUAAUUCUCCGCUGCCAAAGGAAGCCAGGGCUCACGCUGGGCAAACAAUCAGCCUGGACUGCCCAGCCGACGGAUCACCCAAGCCGCUCAUCUUUUGGAAUCGCGAAGGCCGGACGGAACCGUUUUUCGCCAACGCUGCCGUCGACGGAGAUUCCCAAUCCAGCAGGUGGAGUGUCCUCAACAACGGGACUCUGGUGAUCCGUGACGUGCGCCGAGAGGAUGCCUCCGCAUUGUGGUGCGCCGCCGUCAACGAAGCUGGAAGUUUAAUGGCCCGCACACGACUGGAAGUGACGUCCAUCUCGACGCCACCGCCGGUCGUGAUCGAAGUCGGCCCGGCUAAUCAGACGCUGCCAGUCAAAUCACCGGCGUCGCUUCCCUGUCAGGCAGAGGGCCAACCGGUCAAAUGGACCAAAGACGGCCGACCAGUCAACGCUAGUUUGGUCCCUGAAAAUGUUGGCAGUUUCCAGGCAUCUUCUCGUCCACGCAUCAGCCUCUCCGAGUCUGGCAUGUUGAUGAUUGAAGACUUGCAACUCAGCGACGCCGGAACCUACACGUGCGAAGUCGGCGAGGAGGAUCAAUUCGCAGCCUGGACGGCGUCCCUGGCAGUUGCCAGCCCGACCAACCCCAACGUGGUGUUCCAUCGCAGCCCCAGCGACCCGAUGGCUUUGCCAGGGUCGCCCUCUCAGCCUCGACUUCUCCAUAAAUCAUCGACAAGUUUGACGGUCGGAUGGCAGAGUGGAUCCAGGAUGGGAGCCUCACCUCUUCUCGGUUACACCCUUGAAGUGUUCAGUUCAGCUGAAGACGAUCAAGGUCAACCUCGGCUGGGCAGUUGGACCUGGACCGGCCCUUUUGUCCAGGUCAGACGAGCCUGGCGUAUCAUCACCCGUGGCUUGAAAGCCGAUCAGUUCACUCUGAACGACCUCCAGCCGGCCACGUCCUACACUUUCCUGGUUCGAGCUGAAAACAAUCACGGACUUUCUCUGCCCAGUCCAGUGUCGCCCUGGUUCACGACUCUGCCCGCCAUGAGACACAGCGGACAAGUCCAGUGGCAAUCGGCCGCUGAGUUGGAGGAUGUCAGGCAAAGGCUUUCCGUCCCACGACUCCGCUUGGAUCAGGCCCGUUCUCACAACUCGACCAGCGUCCGUCUCUCCUGGCAAUUGCUGGAUGGAGACAGCGAUCCAGCCCUGGAUGCCAUUCACAUUUGGUACCGCCGGACAGAGGCCAAUCCGAAUUCCGACGAAGAGGACGAAACGCCAAACGAAGAAGUCGUCAUUCCCAUGAACAGGAUCGCGUCAAUUAAUCACCAAGGAUCGUUUUUCCACACGUUGGGCUCACUGUCUCCUUACACGCGUUACAUCUUCUUCUUGGUUCCGUCCUUCCGGAAUGUUCUCGGACAGCCGUCCAACAGCAAAAUGGAACGCACAAUGGAAACCGUACCGGCUGGUCCACCAUUGAAUUUGGCCGUUCGCCAAUUGAACGCCACUUCAGUUCUCGUUCAAUGGCUGCCGCCACCCAUCGCCUUGAGAAAUGGCAACAUUACUUCCUAUCAGAUAAGCGUGGCUCUGGAUGGCACUCCCAAUAAUCCUAGGACUUUACUGGCCAAUUUAACCAUCCCUGCUCUACCCACGUCCGUUGUGAUCGGAGGACUGGUCAUGAAUACAGCCUAUUCGAUCCAAGCGGCCGCGUGGACAUUGAUGGGCCUGGGACCGACGAGUUUACCGGUCGUUUAUCGAAUGGAGCCCGUCAUCUUGGCGACAAACGUCCGUUCAGAUUCAUCACCUUCACUGACCAAAUCGUCACUGGACGACGAGAAUUCCGGAAACGGCGGAUCAGAUUCAGCCCCGCAAGGAGUCACGCAAGUGGUCCAGGAAACGUGGUUCAUUCUUCUCCUGGGUGGAAUACUCUUGGCCAUUCUCGUCCUGGGCAUCACUGCCAUUUUCGUUCACCGAAGUUUGGCCAAGAAAAAAGCCUUGUCGGCUUUGAGCAAAUCCGACCCGAUUGUCGACGCCAGUUGUCACGGAAUGGGCGUAGGAGUGACGGGUACCAUCCGAGGUCGCGACGCCUUUUGGUCCCGCGGUUGGUCGACAUCCAUUGGCAACACCAAAGAAAUCGAUGCUCAAGCCACGCUUUUGCCUCACGGAGACGGAACGGCCGCUCUGGCCAAUCGCUCGCUGGUUCCGCCGCCGGAAUACGCCGAGCUCCUAGGUCACAGCAUGAUGAGUCACGACCACCUGCAGCAGCAGCCGCAACAUAUGCAACACCAUCAGCAUCCGGGUCAAUUAAGUCUCAGCUCGUUUCUACCACGCCGGAACGCGAACGUUCCGCAGCCCCACCCGGCGGCCUAUGCCACCACGACGCUGGUUGCUCAUCGCAACAACAACAUGCAACAACAGCAGGUUGGCGGCAACCACCACGACCCUUACAUGGCUUCAUGUUCGGCCUUCUCCGCCUCCGAUUCGAGCGGUUACACGACGGACGAAUUGGGCGAGCGCUGCCGCCGGGCCUAUCCAUCAGGGAAGAGCUCCAAAAGCCGACAGAGUAACAAUAGUAACGGUGUGAAACUGCUGCCCAACCUGGGUGAAUUAUUACCUCCUCCACCGCGUCACCCCCCACCUUCCAGCCCUUCACAGAGCGUGUUUGAUCGACCGAAUCACGAGACGUUAGCCAGUCAUUUCGUUUUCAAGAACGCAUCUCACAAUAACGGACCUUCACUGCCAGUUCACAAUUCGCCAGCCCUAUCCAAGCGAAACGGAUUGACUCCGACGGUUACUGGAGUGAAUCAAACCAGGAGGUCAUCAGUCUCCCCAUUGGCCAGCAACAGCAGUGCCACCGGUUCCAACGGUUCCAGAUACUCUCCCGAUCACUACCAAGUUGUCGCCGAGGAGGAACCAAAUUCGCCGGAAGACAACGAAGAGGUCAGCGACUCUGGAAGCAACGAGUACGCUUACGCCUAUCACAAUCCCAUAGAAAAUGUGAGACCAACUGGAGUGAUGCCCCCAGUCAACCAGGAUCUGUGCAAUAUUGCCUAUCCACGGCUCAACAGCUACGUCCGGCCGUUUAACUCGCAUCAGAACUAUCAGGGACCACCUAAUAAGCAUCCCAACAGCAAGUGUAGUAACUACGAACCACCUCGCAGUCUCACAAGUCAUUUGCUACCCAACGGCUCCUGUUUCGUCGACCGGACAGUCCAACCCAUCGAAUCGCCAAGGAAUGCCAUGAAGAAUUUCUCGACUGGCAAACAUUUUUCAUACGAACCUUGUCAUCAUUUCCCCGAACGAGGAGCCCAGUCAGAAUGCAACAACUUUGGAGGGGAUGGCGAUGAUGAGGAUGACAGCGGAUCUGACGAUGCUGGAUGCCAAAUGGUUUUGCAGAACGAGAACAUUGAUAACGAGUCUUCGCUCUAUGCAGAGGCUCACAACUACGAUCUGGCUGUUCACCAGCAGGCGAGAGAAUAAUAUCAUUCAGAGCUAAUUUGUGAAAUUAUACGCACUUUUCUUGUGAAAAAUCAAUAAUUAAUAAUGACAAUGAAAAAUGUUCCCUGUAAAUAAUCUCGUUCAAUUUUAACAAGUUAUUGUCUAGUCAUGUGGAAGCUUGUUUGUAUGAUACGUGUACAGCUACAAUAAACGCGGGUCAUUCCAUGAA